AUGGAAUCAAAAUACAAAAAGCAGCACGCAAGUUCUUAGGAAAAGCAAGAACUGCGACCAGCUAGAAUUACUCUGAAUGAUGGCCUUAAUUAGUCAUUAUCCAUGGUACCUAACACAACUGAUUCAAAGGUGAGAACUGACAUUAUUCAACUUACUGAGAAGACUGCUAUUCUUGAAUAAAUACUUGGAAGGAAAAAUUAGUCUCACAAUAGCAAAGUCAACUUGUCAUUCGCGGGUGGAGCUAGUGGAGGAGCAGAUGAAGAUCAAAGCAAGUACUAUAAGUAGUCAACAUUGAGGAUGGAAGCUGACCUAUCAAGAACUAAGGAUGGCUUUAUAAGCAGCGGUGGAUAGGUCUCCUCUCAUAUGGAGAAGAUUAGUCUUGUCCCUAAAUUUGGGGAUCUUCAAAUAACUAUGACUAAGAGACUUGGCUCUAAAGGAAAAUAAGACCAAGAUAGUAGGAAUGCAAGCUCCUUAUCUCAUCACAAUAGAUAACAACUAACAUUGGAAACGCCUUCAGGACACCAACGAGGAGAUAGUAUGGUUGAGCAUCACAUGACCUUUGACUAUCAAAAUACCUCAUAACAAUCUAGACUUCUUGCUGAAGAGGAUGUCAAACUUCCCUAAACUAUCAAAAAUAUCAAACUAAACAAUAAAUUCAGUAAAGAUCGAGGAGGUGAUGGCAUACUCUCGAAUAUAAGAAUGAAAUCCCAAACUACGAGAAAUAAUUGGCAUGCGAACAAUUUAAGUGUAGAUUAGAGCUCUUAAACUUAGGAUUAUUCUGAGAAUCCUACUUAGAGAUUUACUAUGCCCUUCAAAGAUUUAAAAUAGGAUAAAAUAAAUACACAGAUUAGUUAGAAUAGACAAAUUGAUUAGAACUAUAGAGAACUCUCAGUUUCCCUAAAUAAAUUUUUGAAAGAUAAGUAAAAUUACAAUUCAGUUACGAAUAGAGAACAAAAAGAGUCUAAUAGAACAGUCAAAAAUACCUAUCAGUUUGAUAAGAGGUAAAGAUCCCUCACUCAUGAUAAAGAGGAGAGCAGUUAUAUUGCAAGUCAUGAAGUUAGACCAAAGAGUCUAAUUAAGAUUCCUAAAGACAUAAUACUUUAUCAAAUAUCUAAAAAGAUAGGCAAUAGAGCUUAGAAUUUGGAUGAAAUCGUUAGUGUUUCUUAAAAUUAAAGUAAUUAAAGAGCUGUAAAGUCUGGAGCACAUCAGUAAAGUUAUUUAGAUUACCUUGAGAAAGGUAUGCUAGAAUAAAGUACAGAUUAGAAAGAUAGUAGAAAUACCAAUGCCGCUAGCUAAUAACAAACCACAACAGCUAGAGUUACUCAUUAUAGAUCAUUUAUGGGGUCUAAUAAUACAAGAAAUAUUACUAAUCUAAAUGCUUCGAACAUAGAGUCUAAAAGUAUUCUUGAUCAAUCAACUAUAUAAUAGAAUCAAGACAACUAAUCUUAGAGUUUUCAUAUAACAGAUCUUCUUGAAAAAACACUUAAAGAUGAUAGGAACCCGAACAAGAGUAAAUAAAUUAUUGAGUAUUACAAACGAUCUGUAAAAUUAAAUGGUGAUCUUGACAAGAAUAAAGAAAUUAUGAUUAAGAAUUACAGACUGCAUGUUGUAACGGAUGAUUAAGACCUUUCAGAAAAGGAUCGAAAACUAUUAGGAUUGACUACUGGAACAUCAAUUUAUGUCAGUAAUUCAAUUGUAAAGCCUGAAACUUUCAAAUUUUCUACAAAGAUAGUCCAUUAGAUGCCAGGUGCUAUAAAUUUUGAUUAAAUUACAGACUAUGAUACAAAAAGAAAUAGAUCAGUAACUAAAAAAUGCAAGCAAAACCUUUCAACUAUAGAGGAAGAUAUUCAAUUAGAUACAUUUUUGACAGAGUUUAGCUAGAAAUACAACACAGAAGAUCUAGAUGAGAUUCAAAGACUCGAAAAUAAGUUCUUCUCACUAGAAAACAAUAACUCAAUGCUUAUCAUUAACGAAGAUUUGAACGAAAAGGAUAGUUUAAUAGGAGAUGACUCUUAUCUUUAGCAAGUUAAAGAUUCGCAUUAAGUCAUUAUGUACCAGUGGAAUCAGCCAGGCAAAGUCAGUAAGCUCUCCUCAAUCAUGGAAUCUAAAUUAGAGCAUAAGAGCUAAAGAUCUUCUCCAACCAAGAAGUACUAAUAGUAUGGUAACUAAUCACCUCGAAUCAGAGAUAUCAAUUAAAGCAUGCUUAAGUAGAAUGAUUAGCCUCAGCUAAGUGUUUACUUGAUACCAGAAAGUUCUAUCCCUGCAAUAGGAUCCUAGGUUUAUUUUGAUAGCCUAAAACUUUCAAAAGUAAAUACCAGAGUAAAGAAUGAAUAUGACUAGUUUAUAUCCUAAACGAGAUCAAUAACAGUUACAAAUAGCCAAAACAAGAAGGAGGGCUUAUAGACUCUAAAUUACUUUGAUUGCAAAAAAGCCUUCAACAUUACAUCCUAUCAACUUACUCAUCUAGAUGAUCCUCUAUUCAAGACUGAUACUUUUCCUCCGGAACUAUUUGUUAACUUUCAAAAAUGGGUAGAGCCACUUAUCUUGAGACUAAGAUAAUGGCAAUCACUAUAACCUGAUGAGGCAGAGACAUUUAAGAUCAUGGCUGAUACAUAAUACUUUAGUACUAAUGGAGAAGCUCAAAGCAUUGAGGUGUAACUGAUCGAAUUUGAUCCUGCAUCCUCAAAAUUUCUUGUUGAAAAUAAGAAACUUGGAAUUAGAACUUGGAGAUCAAGAUUGUUUAUGAAGCUCAAAGAUGAUAAUGCUGAACUUAUUCAAAAAUAAAGAGAAAAGAUAAAAAGAAUCAUGUUGGAAACUAAAGAGUUCUUGAGACUCCACAGACUCAUUCUUUACGAAUUAUGUCCAAAGUAUACCUACAUAUAAAUGGCACCUCAAUUUAGAGAGAGGAUCAAGUAUUUUUUGAAGAUUGAUGCUGAAAAGGUUAAUAAAGAGUCAUAUGAAAAACUAAUAAUUUAAGCAGAGGCAUUAUUCGUCUUUGCUAUCUUUAAGUCAGUUUUAAUUUCAUAAAUAAUGGAUCCAAACAUUAAAAAGAUAGUUAUCGAUAAUAGAAUUAGACUUAAUUCAGGAGCUAUUUUUUAGUACAUACCUUAAUUAAAAGAGAAAAUCGAUCUUCAAGGAUUAAAGCAAUAUAGUAUGAGGGAUAGAAAGAUUGAACUUGAUUAAAAUUCUAUGUUACUUAUGGAUAAAAAAUAUAUAUAGUUGCCGAUUUUUCUGAACAAAGUUACUGCUGAGACGAUAUCUAAGUAUAAGUUGUUUAGUUUUCCUUUUGAUAUUCUUUUGCUGACAAGCUAAGGAUCAGAUGUCUUUAAGAAAUCAGAUCUUUAAAAUCUUGAUUAAAAAGUCAAUGAGUUUCCUGUUUAGCAUAAAUAUUUCAUUCAAGCCUAAAAAAUAGUGACUGACUACUUUCAUUCAAUGGCAAGAUUUAGAUGGGCUGAGGCAAUCUAUUAAGAGGUUUGGAAUUUCGUCAAGGAUGAUUUUGAAUAUGUAACUGGCAAAUAAAUCUUAGAGGAAUAGGUUGAUCCAGUUCUGAGAAGACUGUUUUACCAGUUAAAGCUCUAUAUGCAAACGAUCUUGUUUGAUCAUUAUGAAUUGGCAUUGCAAGAAUAUUUAGAGUUUUUAAUGAGUUUUCUUAUGAGGGAUCCUGAAUCUUCUCAUUCCCUGGUUUCUUAGUCGAUAUCUAAGAGUAGAUUUAUUAAGCUAAGUAGCUCUAGAAAUAUUAAAGAUAAGAAUUCUUCAAUUAAGAAUGAUCUUCAGCUUAUACCAAUGAAGAGAAAACCAUUUGUUUACAUCUAAGCAAUAAUUGAAAAUAAAGCUGCUAAUAAAUAUUACACUAAGAUGGAGAGUGGAACAAAGCCAGACCUUGAAAAAGUAAAGAAUGAUUUGCAGUCAGUAGUAACAUCAAUGCAUGAAGCUCUUAAAGGUAUCGAGAGAGUUGAUAAACUGGUAUUUCCGCUAUUAGUUCUAGAAUUUCCAUCUUUGAAUCCUCCUGACAUCAAUAAAAAUGAGAAGUUAAAGAUUUACAUAAGAUCUAUAGAAGCUGUGAUUGAUGAGGGUCUGAGAUAAAGCUAUGAAAAAAUGAGUGAUAUAGACAGAUACAUGUUUAUCUAUGAUAAAAAGAUAGAUGAAGUAAUUCUUGAACUCAAAAAGAAAACUUUCAUACUCUUGAAUGAAAUGGAAAAUGAAAAUAAUAGUAUGAGUAAAAACAGUUCACUAGAAUCUAUAAGUCAAUUAUCUUCUUAAUCAGAGGAAUAGCUUGUGAUGGUAAAUAAUCAUCAAUCAGCAAUGAAUCAAACCUAGACUUAGGCAGUUAAUGCCCCAAAUAUCAAUCUUUCAAUGGGUCCAGAGGUUGCUUUUAGAUCAAUUGACAUUGAUGAUGGACUUUUCAAAGAAGAAUUAGAGUCUUAUAAAUUAGUGUUUUGGGAAAUAAGAGAGGAAAUUAAUAAUUAAUAUGAUUUUGGACUUGUUUAUCUUGAUUGCUUACCAUUUAAAGAAAGAAUACUGAAGCAUAUCAAAUCUUUGAUUGAUCAUCUUGAAAACUAUGCUAAAAAGGAAUUCCUUAAUAAAUUGAAUAGUAUCUAAAAUGAAAUCAACAGUGUAAAGAGUAAGCUUGAAGAGAAAGUAUAAUCGAUUGAUGAUGUGAUUCUCCUCCUUGAUUAUAUUGAGGUUAUUAAGAGACCUGACAAUAAGGUGGAUGAACUAAGUAUUAAGAUAGAUGAGCUUAAGCUAAGAAUGAUAUUUAUAUUGAACAUAAAGAUAAAUUUGAAGUCAGAUGAUUACAUGCUCUAUCUUAACAUGCUUAACUGGCCUCGAACUUUUAAAGCUUGGCUAGAUGAUAGAAAAAUUGAACUUCAAAGAGCCAAAGAUAAUUUAUUCUAUGAAAUGGGCAAUGAAAAAGACAUGAUAUUUGAGAAAAUUGAAGAAUUCAAGAAAUAGAUAUAUAUGAUUAAGAAGGAGGGUCUAAUUCGAGAGUCAGAGAUUGAGAAUUAGAGUUAGCAAUAUACUUAAGAAGAGUUCUUCUCUCCUACUUUUAGAAAAAGAAGGCAGUUAGCCAAAUAGAAUAACAUCAAUUUCUAAAGUAUAGAUAUGAUGAAUGCUACAGUAUUAUCAGGAAGUCUGCAAGUACCAAAUUAAUCUUCUGAUAACUUUAGAUUGUAGAAGGACUCAACAAUCGCUACUUUUAAAUUCAUUGCAAAAGAAAUCAAAUGGGAUGAUUAUAGGUUUGAACCAGAAGUAAUUGAUGAAGUAUUUGACAUGACUGAUUAGCUUAAAAAUGAAUAUGAUUCAAUCGAAAGACUCACUGCAUAGAUAAAUAAAAGAGAGACAUUGCUUGGCGUUGCUUAGACAGAGUUUAAGGAACUUCGUAUAAUAUUAGAUGAUCUUAAGCCGCUAUAUGAUCUAUGGUAGAUUGCUAGCAAGUUCAGCAAAACUUUCCCAAAAGGAAAUGUUACUGAUUGGAUAAACGAGCUGAAGAGAUUAAGCAAAAAUAAUUUCCUUAAAAGCGCAGUCAAAUAAAUGGAGCUCUUAUCUUUCAUUUAUCAAGCUUUACUGUAGUUUAAGAUAUAUCUACCAAUGUUAAAAGCUAUGAGAACAAAGGGACUAGUACUUAGACACUGGCGAAUGAUUGGUAAUAAGUUAGAUUUUGUGGUAGAUCCAUCAACUGUAACUCUAAGGAAGUUGAUUAAUUUAAAGCUGUAUGAAGAAGAUAAAUUGCAUGUAAUCAAAAGUAUCUGCGAAAUUGCAACAAAAGAAUAUGCGGUUAUGACUUCACUUGACUCCCUAGAUAGGGAAUUAAAAGCACUUGAGUUUACUUUAUAAGUUUUGAAAGAGAAUCCGGUCUAAUAGCCAUUGACAGUAAUUCAAGUAUAAAACUAAACUUAUACCUCUAAUAUGUCCUAGAUUCAACCUCCUACAGAAAAUCCACUCAUUGUUCUCAAAUUAGGGGAAUUAAUAUCCUUAUUUGAGGAGUAUUUCAUGAGAGUAAGUGUGCUUAAGACAAACCCAUUCGUCAAGAACUUUUAUGACAAAAUGAUUGAAUUAGAGAAGAUUGUUAAGCAUGUAGUAGAGAUUCUAAAUGAAUGGUAGCUAUUUUAGAAGAACUGGAUAUAUCUUGAAAGCAUUUUCUCACUCGAAGAGAUUUAAAAAUAUCUUGACAAGGAAAGCAAGAAAUUUUAGGGCAUUGACGCAUUUUAUAGAUCUGUUACUAAAUCUUUUGAAUAGACUCCAUAAGUUUACAAAGCAUGCUAAAGAGAAGCUUUCCUCAUUUAAUUGCAAAGAUUUAACAAUGAAUGUGAGGGAAUUAUUUCUGGUUUGAAUCAAUUCCUAGAAUCCAAGAGAGAAAAAUUUCCGAGACUAUAUUUCUUAUCAAACGAGGAAAUGAUUGAAAUAUUUGGAAAGGCAAGAGAUACUAGAAAAUCAACCAAUUUAAAAGUUUAGAGUCCGGCUUUUCUAAUUAAAUUAUUCGAUGGAAUAGACUUAGUUACCAUUAAUAGAGAUGGAGAAAUAUCAGAAAUCAUCUCUAAAGAAAAUGAGGUUGUCAAACUCAUAAAGAAAGUUAAUUCUUUCGAUUGUACUCCUGAAAAAUGGCUAUUUGAUUUAGAAAGGGGAAUGAAAAAUUCUAUGAAACUAAAUCUUUAUCUAGCUUAUAAUACCUUUGAAAAGUAAAAGUUAGAGGAGUGGCUGAGUCACUGGCCUGGGUAGUGUAUUUUGACUGCUUCACAGAUCUGGUUUGGCUAGGAGAUUUUCAAUAUGUUUACAGCUAGUCUUGAGAUUAAGAAAUAUGAAGUUGGGCAGGACUAUACCAACCCCGUGUUAACAUCGGCAAUUAACUCUCCUAGGCUUGAAAAUACCAAUUCAUCAUAUUCGAGAGCUGCUUUAGAUUCCCCGAAACUGUCAUUUAAGUAAUCUCCGAAGGAAUUAAAUAUUCAGAAACUUCAAAGAUAAAGUGUAUUUCUUGAUGAAGUUUUGGAUAAGAAGCUGAUGAAGUAGGUAGAAAAGGUCAUAGAGUUGCAAGAAAAGACUCAACUCAAGCUUACAGUACCUUUCUUACAAUAAAUGGAUGACUUUGCUUAUAAGCUAAGAGAAUACAUAUCAGAUUUCGCUGAAAUGAUAAAAGUCAAGCAAUCUAAGAUUACCAGAAUAACCACUAUAAACCUAAUAGCAGUCUUUAUCUACUUUAGAGAAAUCUUAGACAACCUUAUUGAACAAAAAAUAUCAAAAGUAGAUGACUUUUAAUGGCAGAUGAUCCUAAAGUUUUCUUUUAAAGAUAUUGCCAGCAACCUUGUCAUUGACUAUGAGAACCCAAAUAAUGGUCAAGAAGAAAGAAUGAAGGUGGAUACUCAAAAACUUGAAAUAGCCUGUGAAGUUUUCAACUCUCAAAGACUUUACGGAUUUGAAUAUAUAGGGAAUAGUAGUAGACUAAUUGUUACCCCGCUAACUGAGAGAUGCCAAAGAAGUUUAUUGAUUGCUCUUCAUUAUUUCUAUGGUGGAGCACCUGAAGGACCAGUAGGCACAGGUAAAACUGAGACUACCAAAGAUCUAGCAAAGCAAGUGGCUAAGCUAUGCUUUGUUUUAAACUGCUCUUCCAAUUUUGAUUAUACUAGUGUAGUUAGAUUUUUCAAGGGAGUUGCCUCAAGUGGUUCUUGGGUUUGUUUUGAUGAAUUUAAUAGAAUGGACCCACAUAUUCUGUCAAUCAUAUCGCAAGUAAUUAUUGCCAUUCAAGGAGCUAUUAAGAAAUAAAGUCCAACAUUGUUUAUUGAUGAAACAAAAGUUCAAAUCAGGCCAGAAUGUGCCAUCUUCAUAACUCUUAAUCCUUAUUAUGCAGGAAGGACUGAACUCCCUCUAAAUCUUAAAAACUUGUUUAGACCGAUUUCUAUGGUCAUUCCAGAUUCAACUAUUAUUGCUGAGAAUUUACUGUUUGCAGCAGGCUUUUAGAGUGCAAGGAUUCUUGCUAAAAAUAUAGUCAACAUACAGAGUCUAACUGAAAGGAUGAUUCAUUAAGAAGAAUUCUAAAAUGAUUUCGGAUUAAGAUCAAUUAAGGCUAUUGUUUCUAUCGCUGAGAAGAUGAAAUUAUUAAGUUAUGACCUCAUUGAAACUGAUCUCGCUUAUAUUAUAGACGAUAAACAGAUUGCUAAACUGCCUACUAAAAGUUAAGAAGUAAUAAAAGAGUUUAUCAAUAAAGAACCUGACGAAGUCUCCUCUUAAAAGGCAAGACGAGAAAGUGAAUUAAUAACUCAAUAAAAAGGUUCAAUGAGGAAAACUGGUAUCGAAGCAAUAAAAGAAGAACUGGAAGAUGAUCACGAUGAUGUCGUAAUGAGUGAGUCUUUCUAUCAAAGUACUUCCUAAAAACGAUAAAGCUAAAGGAGAGAUGGAGUGAACAGAAAAUUACUUACUGGAAAUAUCUUUGAAAAAGUUCAUGGCUUCGGGACUGACAUUAAACAAAUCCACAAAGAACUGCUCUAUAAGCAGCUUGGACUAGAUCCCAGAAUAAAAAAGACAACUGAACUAGAACUAGAGAAUCAUAUAAUCAUGAAAGCAGUAAAGGAUUAUAAUGAAUCGAAAUUUUCAAUAGAAGAUAAUAAGAUCUAUGGUUAAAUCCUUAAAGAUGUAUUUUAAGACCAGUUUAAGCAAGAAAAUGAUGUUAGCAAGGAUAACAAUUUGAAAAGUUGUAUCAAGUAGACUCUAAUUGAGAUGAAAUAUGAUGUAUCAAAUGAUAUAGUUGAGCUAGUUUAUUAGCUCUAUGAGUUAUAGCAGGUCAAGCAUGGUAUAAUUGUAGUGGGCAAAACAUAAAGUGGAAAGUCCACAAUCAUUAAAACUCUUGAAUCCUCCUUGAAUAAAAGUUCAAGCAAUGAGUUAUCAUUGAUGAUUCUUGAAAAGAGAAAAGAGAGGCUAAAAGAGAUUACAAAAGAUAUUGAGGAACUGAACAAGGCUAAACAGCCACUAAGAAAAUAGCCUACUGCAAAUAUCUCAAGAGGCAAUGUAAGAAGCUAGAUGAGUAUGGUGAGUGGAGGCCAAUCAGACUCAACUCAGCGAAGAGGUUUCGGAGCACCAUCAGAUACAAGAUCUAGUCGAGCUUAAAACAUUCUAGCAGAAGUCUACAAGAAAACUAAACUAACCUAAAAGGAGAUUGACUAUCUAGCUAAGGAUUUGAAAAUUCAAGGAGUUCAGACUUAAAUAAUAAACCCUAAGUCUAUGGAGAUGAACGAACUUUUUGGCUAAUUUGAAGAAGAAACGCAUUCUUGGAAUGAGGGCAUAUUCACAAAGUUAUUCAGAGAAUAUGCCAAUGAACAUCACAAUAAAAAGAAGAAAUGGAUCAUUCUAGAUGGACCUAUUGACAGUUUGUGGGUUGAGAAUUUAAAUUCCAUCUUAGAUGACAAUAAGAAGAUGAGUUUAGCCAAUGGUGAAUCUAUAUUCAUGUCUAAAUACAUGACUCUUAUGCUGGAAACUGACAGCUUACUGAAUACUACACCUGCAACUGUGAGUAGAUGCGGCCUAAUAUAUCUUUAAUAGAGUAAGUUGAUCAAGCCAAAGAUGCUCUUCAAUGCUUGGCUUAGAUCCAUUCCAAAUGUUCUGAAGGAAUAUGAAAUCGAAAUUGAAUAAUAAGCCAGUUGCCUAUUGAAAGAAGCCCUAUAAGUAUUCUAAUCUAAUAAGGAGAGAAGUAACUUAAUAUACUAAGUGGUAGACCAAUACUGGCUGAUUAAGACAUUUCUUAGAUUAAUGGAGUCUUUUGUUCAUGAUUACAGAGGGUAUGAUGAAAGAUUAGAGGAUAAAACUAAUGAAAGCAAUCUUAAUCAUUAAAGAGAACUUGAAGAGUCAAAUUUUAACGCUAAAGACAGAGAAUCUCAUGAUGAUUCAAAUGUGAUUACUAAUGUCCAGUCUAAAGUAGCUCUUACUUCAUAAAAAUCAGAAGUGAACAUUACAAUAAUGAACAAGACCCAGGGGAAGCAGGAAACACAGCAUAAGCCUAAUCAUAGGAACCCUGUUAAUAGAUUUCUAAAUGAUGAGAUCAGAUCUGAAAAUGCCAUUAAGUUUACUCCUGUGUGGCUUGAGGCUGCAAUCAUAUUUUCAGUGACAUGGGCUUUUGGCUCGAUUAUGAAUGAUGUGGGUAAAAAUGAACUGGAUGUUGCAAUCAGAGAAAAACUCAAUGAUUUUAAAUAUGAUCUUUAGCUUUAUCAGAAGCAAAAGAAAAAGCAAUAGCAAUAAAAUGAGUAAAAUGAUAAGAAAGGUGGAUUCGACACCCAUAACUAACUGAAUAACACUGCAAUGAAUGACUCAGUUAUGAUAAAGUCAGUAAUUGAUGAAUAUGAUGGUUUAAAGCAAUGGAGUGAUGAGUUUGAUGAUGUCAGCAUCGAAUAGCCUAAAUUUUUAUCUGAAUUCCCCAUUCAGAAUGGACAAUCUAUAUUUGAGUCUUACUUUGCUCUUGACUAAUCUAAUUGGGUAAAAUUCAACGUUGAAAGAGAAGUCAACCAGGCUAUUGUUAACUUUCAUAGCCUUCCUGAUUCAAUGAAGAAGGUCUAAAACAUUUAUGUACCAACAAUAGAGUCAAUCAAGUAUUAAUACCUAUUAGAAUGCUAUAUCAUAAACUAAACUUCAACAUUACUAGUGGGCGCUUCAACAACUGGAAAGACAUCCUUGAUUAGAGAUUCUUUAUUUCAUUAAGUCUUCUAAUACACAUACUAAUUCGUAAUUGACCACAUCACUCUGUCGCACUCUUCAUAAUCUGACCUAGUAAGAAAAACAAUGGAGAGGAAAUUAGAACUAGCAUAAGAAAAGAAUGUCAGAUUUAUGAAACCUACUGGCAGUAAAAAGUUGGUUCUCUACAUUGAUGAUAUUCAUAUGCCUAGUUAAGAUGCUUACGGCUAUCAAUCUGCUAAUGAGAUGAUUAGAGAUUAUUUUACUUUAGGAGGAUGGCAUUAAUCAAGAACUAAGAAGUUCAAUUAAGUUAAGGACCUAACAAUAAUUUCUGUUCUCUCAACAAUUAACUCUUGCUAAUCAGUCCUUGGAAUGCAGAAUAAUAAGUAAACACCAUAAGUUAGUGAGAGACUCUUACAUCAUUUUGCAGUCAUUGGUAUUGAUGAAAUCAAAAGGAACUCACUUAAGUCAAUGUUCCAGAUUAUCACAUCUAUGCUUGCUAAUCAAUGGCCUUCUGAAAUACAGCAAUUUUCAUCUAAAGUCUUAUAGUUCGUACUCGAUUUAUACUAUUCAAUUUCAGAAUAACUCAAGCCUACACCUCUCAAAGUUCAUUAUCACUUCAGCUGGAGGGAUAUAUUCAGAAUUUGUAAUGGGCUUAUGCUCGUAGAGUCGAAUUACCUUAAAGAUCAAGUAAGCUUAAUGAAGUUGCUCUAUCAUGAAUGUUUAAGAGUCUAUGCAGAUAAAAUAGCUAUAGAGUCUGACUAUGAAUGGCUUAAUUCUAAGUUGAAAGAGCUAAGUCUAAAGCACUUUGAUAUGAAUGGUAACUUAGAAGAGUAAAAUAGCAGAGCUAGUUCAUAACAAUUUAUUAGGAAAAAUACUUAAAAAGAGAAAUCUAUGACUUCAUAAGAAGAUUUAGCAUUUCCAAUUUCAAAUCCAAAAGACUUAUACUUCUCUGUUUACAAUCUUGAUGUUGAAGGGUAUUAUGUCGAAAUUGAAAAUAUAAAUAGAGUAGGAGAAGCAAUUGAUAAGAUGCUAGAGAAAUAUAAUGAAGCCUCUGACAGAUCUUAGAUAAAUCUAAUACUCUUUAAUGAUAUAAACAGAAUCUUACUAAAAAUGGUCAGAGUAUUGAGUACAUCUAAUGGACAUAUGCUGGUAGUAACAGUGAAAGGUUCAGGUAUAACAAAUCUUCAAAAGCUCGCAAGCUUCUCAUUAGGCUAUCAACUGAAGCAACUUGAAAUGCUUCCUGGCUUUUCAUUGGAAGAAUGGAGGCUAGAGAUGAAAAAGCUUUUAUUAAGGGCAGGUCAAGAUGAUAAACCAGUAGUAUUAAGCAUGGAUUAGUUCAAAGUUUAACUGGAUCGCUAAUACGACGAUGUAGAGUGCAUCAUAAAUAACAAUAUAAGCAGUGACAUUAUGUACCCCUAAGAAAUAGAUAAUUGCCUCAGUUAUAUUUAUCAAUAAAUUGAGAUGGAGAAAUUAGCCAAGCUGAACAAAAAUCUUAAUGUGAUAAACUCAUCUGCAAUGGGAGAUUAGUUCUCAAGUGAUCCAGAUCUUAGCUAAAGUAGAAGAAUGCAAGUAAUGAAUGAUCUGUAAGCAUCAGCUUUGAGUGCUAUUCAGAAGUCUCCAUAAUUGUAAUGUGAACUUUACAAUUACUUUCUGAAAAGAAUCAAGAAUAAUUUCCACUUGCUUUUGACAUUCUCGCCAACAGGAGAGGACUUUAAGAAAAACUUGGUCAAGUAUUAAACUUUUCUAGCAAAUUGUACUAUUAUUUGGACAUUUGAUUAUAAUCAACAAGCACUAGAAGAAUUAGGGAGUUAAUUCAUGGAAUUUGCUGACUAUAAAGAACUAGCUUAGUAAAAUGGCGAUUAGAUUAUUGAAAAGAAAGAGAUCAGAAAGCAACUAGACAAAAUCAGAGGUAGAUAAGAUACGAUGUAACAAAAUAGCAAAGUACUUCAUUGCUGUGUCCAGAUGUAUCUCAAUGCAAAAGAAAUGUCAAAGAAAUUUUUUUAGUAAUCAGGUUAGAUACUGUAUUUCACUCCCUCCUCAUUUCUUGGUAUGUUUAGCAAUUUUAGAAGACUUCAUACUGAAAGAAAGAAAAACGUGAUGGAUAUUUAGAAGCGCUAUGAAAAUGGACUUGAAAGAAUAAGAGUCACGUAGAUUGCAAUUCAGGAAUAUCAUAUAGAACUUGAGUAAAAGAUACCAGUUCUGCAAGAUAAACAAAAGAAGUUAAUCAUGGAAAUUUAGGAAAUCGAAGGGAGAUUCAAUAAUGUCAAAAAGGAGAGAGAUCUUUUGAAAAGAGAGGAAUUCAAUAUUCAAUAAGACUGUGAAACUGCACUGUAAAUAAAAAUCUAAUGUGAAGAAGCAUUAAAUAAAGUAGCUCCUGCAUUAAAUGAAGCUGUUAACUCAAUUUAGAGUUUGUCUAAGCAUGAUCUUAGUGAACUUAGAGCAAUGAAGAAGCCUCCAAAAGUCAUAAAGUUAGUACUUAAAGCUGUGUGUAUUUUACUAUAAGUGCAGCCAAUAAGAAAGAAGGCAAAAGAUGGCAUUCAUUUUAAAGAAUCAUUUUGGGCUGCUGCUUAAAGUAAAGAAGUACUUGGAAAUGUUAGAUUACCAGAUAUGCUGAUAGAGUAUGAUCGAAAUAAAAUUUCUUAAAAUAUGAUGGUCAGUAUUGAGGAAGUAUUAGUAGAUUCAGAUUAUACCUACGAAAAUGCUUAUAGAGCUUCAAAAGCAGCAACAGGUAUGUUUAAAUGGGUGAAAGCUAUUAGAGAGUACUAUUACAUCUUUCAAGAAAUAGAACCCAGGAGAGAUGCAUUUAUGUUAUCUGAGAAAUAACAUAGUAUUAAAGUAGAAGAAUUGCAGUUAAAGAGAAAGGAACUAGGUUCAUUGGAAAUUUACUUGAUCGAACUUCAAGAAAUACUAGACGAGAAAGAUCAAAUUAUUGAAGACCUGAAGAUUUAAAUUUAAGACUGCAAGAUCAAGAAAAAGAGAGCUGAUGUGCUACUCAGAGGAUUAAGCAGCGAAAAACAGAAAUGGAUAGUCUGCACUAGAAUGCUUGCUGGCAAGUAUCUCACAGUCACUGGAGAUGUUCUGCUAAGUUCUGCGUUUAUUUCCUUACUCUCUGGAUACACUCAAAAGUACAGAAACAAACUGAUUAAAAAAUGGAAAAAGCUUUUGUAAGAGCAAGGAUUACCAGUGAGCGAGAGCUUUAACUUUAAUGAUUUAUUUGGAGAUCCAAUGAAAAUCAGAGAUUGGCAGAUGAAUGGUUUACCAUAAGAUCAUCUAUCAGUUAAUAAUGCAAUCAUAAUGGAAAAAUCCAAAAAUUAUUGCAUUUGUAUUGAUCCAUAGUAUUAAGCCUGUAAUUGGUUGAAAAAUUAAUACUAUGACAAUGGUCUGAUUAUAACCAAGUACGGAGAUAAUUACUUUAGAAAGAGUCUUGAGAUUGCCAUUGAACUUGGAAAGCCUGUAUUAGUUGAAAAUAUAGGUGAUAAGGUAGAUCUAACUCUGCAUUCGCUUUUGGAAAAAGACAUUGUUAAGCAUGGAUCUUAAAGAUUAAUAAAAUUCUGUAGAAAGACAUUCAAAUUUGAUAAAAACUUUGAUCUAUUCUUAAUAACUAAUCUUAAAAAUCCUCACUUUGAUGUUAACAUCUCUAAUUUUGCGACAAUGGUAAACUUCUAUGUAACUUUUGAUGGAUUGCAAUAACAGCUCUUGUCAUUAGUUGUUGCUAAUGAGAGAUCUGAUCUAGAAGAAAAGUUUUCAGAAAAUACUAAAGAGGCUUUUGAAAAUAUUCGAGGCCUCAAAGAAAUCGAGAAUGCAAUCCUAGAAUAGCUUUAAAUGGAUGUUUCAAAAUUACUUGGAGAUGAACUCUUGAUAAAGACUUUAAAUGAAUCUAGAAAUACUGCUGAGCUCAUAGCAAUGAAACUCAAAGCAAUUAAUUAGACUUCGUAGUUCAUGUAAAAAUCAAGGGAUGUGUAUUCACCAAUAUCUAAAAGAGCUUCUUUGUUAUACUUUGUUGUAGCUGAUUUAUCUAAGAUCAACAAUAUGUACUAAUUUUCACUAGCUUGGUUCACAAAUGUCUUCAAAAAAUCAAUAUAGAUGACUAAUUAGCUGAAGCCUGAGAAUAAAAAUGCCAAGUCAAAAUUAUAAAAUAGUCAAAUGAGUAUGAAAACAUCUAUAGGUUUUACAAUAAAAGGUAACUCAAUUGAUGACAGAAUAGAAUUAUUGAUAAAAACAUUUACUCAGGAACUUUACAGAAAAAUAUGUUCAUCUAUUUAUGAAAAAGAUAGAAUGCUGGUAACUUAUCUAAUGGUGCUUAGAGUUCUCGAAUAUGAGGAUUAUCUAGAUAAAACUCUCUAUUCUUAUUUGCUGAUUGGUCCAAAGAAUCCAGAUUACUCUGAAGAACCUCCAACAUAAGAUCUGAAGCUAAAUUGGUUAAAUAAGAGAAAUUGGGGAGAUUUAAAGGCACUUUCACAAAUUAAGCCUUUUACAAAUAAUAAUUUAAUAGAGUACAUUAAGGAAUUACCUGCAGUUUGGAAUGAAUACUAUAAGAAAAACAGAUUCUCUUAUGAUGAGCUACCAAACAAAGAUAGACUUAAUUUAAUCCCACUACUGCCUCCACCUAUCGAUGAUAGAUUUGAUGUAUUGCCAGCAAAUGAUUUAGUUUAGAGUAAAUUCAUGAACUCAUUUGACAAGUCUGAUACUGAAGAUGACUAGAACAGACCACUGACAAGAAAUGUUAGUUCAGUUUUGAAUGACGAAGAACUAUGGAGGGUAUCUAGUGAAAGUGAUGAAGAAGAAUAACAAGUAAACAAGUUCACCUAUAAAAAGUAAAAUCUGGGAGGAAACCUAGAUGAAGAUGAUAAUGAAUUUCUUAACUAAGAGGAGGAAAUGGCUCAGUAUUUACUAGAUAACAACCCUUCAAUAUUUAAUUAACAAUAUGAUGGUGAAGGCAAAAAAUUAGAUAAGGUCAAAAUGACCAAGCAGGAGAGCGAUAUGAGAGCCAAGAAAGAAUUAGUUCUAAAGUAACUUAUAGAAUUGUGUGUGCUUAAAUGCAUAAGACCAGAUAAAAUAAGUGAGAGUAUUGAUAAGUUCUUGCAAGUUGUGAUUAAUCCAUCCUACACCAGCUUUUCGCAAGACAUAGCUGCAUAAUAUACUAAUCAAUCAUCCAAAAGAGACAUAACAAAUGGAAGUCAAAGAAAUAUAAAUACUUCAAAUAAUUCGUAAUAGACCAAGCAUACUGGAAAGCAGAGCAAUUCUAACAGCAAAGUUAGUAAUUUCAUUGGACUUCUCAAGGAUGCUUUUGAUGAAUCAAAUAAAAGCACUCCUAUUUUCUUCUUAAUCACUCAUUUUCAAUAUUUAUCUCUUGGAAAAGGCCUAGAAAAAAGAGUUGAAGAAAAAAUUAUCAAAGCCUCAUAAGCUGGAGAAAAAAGCAGAUGUAAAUCCUAGAUUCAGAUUAUGGCUUUCAAGUGUUGCUGUCCCGAAUUUCCCAAACAACAUUCUCUAAAUGUCUAUCAAAGUUUCUUUAUAACCACCAAGGUAAAAUCCAUUAUUGCUGAUGAUAUCUAUAGUGGCAUUAAAUAUAUCAUGGAUAGAUUAUUAGGACCUAAUGAUGAAGUCUUUAAGAAAUCUAAGAGCAAUGCAGUUCUCCACAAAAAUCUAUAAUUCUGCAUUAUCUACUUCCACUCUGUUCUUGUCGGUAGAAAGAAAUAUGGGACUCUCGGAUGGAAUGUACCAUAUGAAUUUGACUUCUCAGAUUUUGAAAUCAGUGGUUCUCAGCUACUUCAAAUGAUGAGACGAAAUGUUAUUGAUGAUGAAACAAACUUAAAAAUGAUGAGAUACCUAAUUGGAGAGAUCAAUUAUUCUGGAAAGAUUCAGAGAUCUGAGGACAGAAUAAUCCUAAAUGCCAUCCUAGAUGAUCUAUUUUGCUCAGAGUUAGCUUUCAUGAAAGAGGCAGUUCCUUAGAAUGUAAAUAAGUCUCAUUAUGGUCUCCCUCUACUAGAAUACAAUGCCGAUAAUAGCUUUGGAGAUUUUUCAGAAUUCAUGAGAUCUUUGCCAGAAUUCGACUAAGAGGAGAUAUUUGGAUUUAAUGACAAUAUAUAGAGACUAAACCAAAGAAACAUGAUUUUUGAUAUUUUAAAGAAAGUGAAUCUGUUCAAUACCAAAAUCGAACCUUUUAACAAUCCACUAGAUGCCUAAGUAAAGGAUCAAAGUGAUAUGGUUGUUAGAGAUAUGUCUCAAAAAUUGCUGCUGAAUUUGCCCCAGCUGUUCGUAUAGGAAAUGAUCAACUCAAUGUAUCCAUUAAAGUAUGAUAUACCUCUCUCUACAUUUAUUCACAGGGAGGUAUUUAAAUAUAAUAACUUGCUUUUGGUUAUCAAAAAUUCUCUCAUAAAUUUGGUUAAUAUGAUAGAUGGAAAAAUUCACUAGACAAUAUAAUUAGACACAUUAUGGCAAGAGAUUUUAUAUGGAAUAGUGCCCAGAUCUUGGCUUUUGGCAUCAUACCCAACUUGUUCCACAUCAAUAUCAGAUUUUAUUAAGAAUUUGAAUGAGAGAUUAGAGUUUAUGAGGAACUGGAUUGAGAAAGGAUUGAUUAAAGAAAAAGAGAGCAUAGAUUUUGAAGGAUUCAACAACUCUAAUAAUGGGCUGAACAGCUAUUGGUUUCCAGGUUUCUUUGAUUAAUCAGCUUUUCUAACUGCUCUUAGGCAAAAGAAAGCAAGAUUAGAGACUAUAGAACUUGAAGAUGUUGAAAUAAGAUUCGAUGUCAUGAAGUAUAUGGACCCCAAAAAUCAUUAAAUUGAUAACGAUGAUGUUACUUUCAUUACAGGCUUUUGGUUAGAGGGAUGCUAGUGGGAUUUGGCUGCCUAGUUUUUAGUAGAAACCGAUUCUCAAGAGCUAUAUGUCCCAUUCCCAGCAAUAAAAGUAACAACCCUAAGAAAAAGUCCGAUUCAAAGGAUGAAUGCUUCAACUUAGAAAAUUAUAGAUUGUGAUUUCUACACAUGCCCUGUUUUUAAGACUACUAUGAGAUUGGCAAAUAAUACCUACUCUGUGGAGAAUGAAGCCCUGAUGCACAUUCCACUAAGAACUAAAGAGCAAGCAAACAAAUGGAUUAAAAGAGGAGUUGCAUUGAUCCUAAACCCAAGUUACUAUUGA